CACCAUUUGUACUUAACUUGGCUAGCUUAAUUAGCUCUAGAAGAAGAAGAAGAAGAAGAAGAAGACACUACUCACACACAAUCUAGUUAGCUAGCUAGCUAGGCCAAGAAAUCAAGAGUUGUUGGUUGGUCUAGCUAUCAAUGGAGAGCGAGCCGGCGCAAGUCCACGGCGGCGUCAACCUCAACCUGCGCGUGCUGGAGACCUCGCCGCGCCGGCGUUCGGCCAACGGCGGCGGCGGCGGCGCUGCCCCGGCCGCCGCCGCCGCCGUCGACCCACGGGAGGCCUUCUCCUGCAACUACUGCCACCGCAAGUUCUUCAGCUCGCAGGCGCUGGGAGGCCACCAGAACGCGCACAAGCUCGAGCGCACGCUCGCCAAGCGCAGCCGUGACAUCGUCAUGACCGCCGCCGUGUCGCCGUCGCCGUCGUCGUCGUCGUCGUCCCGGGCAGUCCACGGCUUCGACGGCGUCGCCGGGGGCUUCUUCUGGACGGCGCCGCCGUACGGCCACGCCGCGGCGGCUGAGGCGGCGGAGGAGGAUCACGACGUGGCGCCGCCAGCGCCGCCACCGGCCGACGGCGGCUGCGGCGGCGGGCGCUACGGCCGGAAUGGGGAGGAGAUCGACUUGUCGCUGAAGCUCUGAGCUAAUUAACCUGAUUACGUAUAUGACGGCUUAAUUAAUUAAUUAAUUAAUUAAUUAAUUAAUUAAUCAAAUCGUGAUGAAUCCAUGCAUAUGUCGUAGGUAGCUAGCGUUGGAUCGAGUACUUGUUGCGUCUCUGGAACCGCGAUUGAUUGAUUUCUAGUGCAAUUGUUUGAUCGGCUAAUUCAUAUAUAUAGCCCUGAUCUUUGAGAGAGAGAUAUAUAUAGUUCAAUAAUAUACAUCUCAUUAAUUCAGUACGUAAUUGAUCUCCUUGAUCGAUCUGUAUACAUGUUUGGAUGAGCCUAUGCUUAAUUAGGUACCCCAGAGAAUAUAUAAAUUGUGUGUGGAUUAAUCCUUUGCAUAGUA